AUGACAACCCCGCUCGUUGUGCUCCGCAGUGCCCCACGGCGAACUUCCACUCGGAUCUCCCGGAAUGCGUGUUCAAUAGCAAGAUCCUAUUCUACAACCCCAGGCCCAGAAAAGGAUUUGAUAUCAGAGCUAGAAUCACGCAACCUAGUCUCUCAUCUAACCUCACGUUCUCUCCGCACCCACCUCCUCUCGGCCCCUCGAACGGUAUAUUCUGGCGUCGAUCCUUCCGCCUCCUCUCUUCAUGUUGGCAAUCUUUUACCGCUGUUGACAUUGGCUCAUUUUGCGAGGUAUGGCCAUAGACCGAUUGUGCUGGUGGGUGGGGCAACGGGCUGUAUUGGUGAUCCUAGUGGGAGAAGUACUGAGCGGAAUGCGUUGGACGAACAGACGCUGGAGGAUAAUGUCGCGGGUAUCAAGUGCCAGUUGCGGAGCUUCUUUGAGAAUGUACAGCGGUAUUAUGGAACCGACCGGCAGCGGGGUAAAGGAGGAGAGGCCGGAGAGGUGCAAGUGGGGAUGGGAGUAAGGAUGAUGAACAACUAUGAAUGGACCAAAGACGUCACCCUGUUAGACUUUCUUGGCACUGUUGGACGACAUGCCCGACUUACAAGCAUGCUCUCACGCGAAUCGGUUGCUUCCCGCCUAACCCCGCCUUCUGCUUCUACCUCAGAAGGCUCCAUCCGCUCGGCUUCCUCGGGAGGCGGAAUGUCAUAUACAGAAUUCUCCUACCAACUUCUCCAAGCAUUCGAUUUCCUCCACUUACACAAAACCACUUGCUGCACCAUCCAACUCGGCGGCUCUGACCAGCUCGGAAACAUCACCGCUGGAAUCGACCUCAUCCGACGAACUUGGGGUCUAACGGAAAGCGAGCCUGCUUACGGCCUCACCCUGCCCUUACUUACGACGAGUUCGGGAGAGAAGUUUGGGAAAAGUGCUGGAAAUGCUAUUUGGCUCGAUCCGCUUCGUACACCGGACUUACAUUUCUACCAAUUCUUCCUCCGUUCUACCGAUGCCGAUGUAGAGAAAUACCUGCUAGCACUAACCCUUCUCGAGCCAGAAAAAGUGCGGGCGGUGAUGCAAGAGCAUAGGGAGCAUCCCAAACAAAGAGUCGCGCAAAGAGUCCUGGCCGAUCACAUAACAGAAUUGAUCAGAGGAAGAGAGUGUGUCGAAAGAAGUCGCAGACUAAGUCAGGUCUUGUUUGCACAAGCAGACGUGCGGGAGGCGUUGGCGAAGUUAGAUAUCGAAGCAAUAGCAGGCGAUGAGGGAGAAGCAGUGGUGAAAAAGUUGAACCGCCACCAAGUAGUAGGUCAGCAAUUGACCAAAGUCGUAACCGUUGCCGGCUUGGUUAAGAGUAGAGGUGAAGCAAAAAGGUUGCUUGCCAACGGAGGGCUUUACCUGAACAACGAGCCAAUCAAAUCCGAGAGAGGUGUAGCCGAGGAUGAUUUGGUUGCCGUCCAAGCCGGGGGAGCGGUGUGUUUGGUCAAAGCUGGCAAAGGAGCUGUGAGGAUUCUCUAUCUCACAUAG